UUGUCAUCGAAGGAGAAGCACCGUGAGAUGAGUGAUAAUCGAGGUUGUUGUGGUUAGUGUUUGUUUUAGUUAAAUUAUGGCAUAUCCGCACGAUCCGCGCUACAACGAAUGACAAUACUCAAGGUAGUCAGUGAAAGACUUUCAUCGAGUGAGGUGUCCCUAAGGACGAGGAGGAGUCCCAGAGGAAGAUGAUUGGGUGGAACGAGAUUCCAGAUAACGGACGCUUUGCUAUAGUAAUAUACACGUUCAAGUCGGAGGACGAUGCGAAGUUGAAUGUGAACGUGGGCGAGUCACUCCAUCUGCUGCAAGAGGAAAGCGACUGGUAUUAUGGAUACAACAUACGGCAGACCUGUAGCAAGGGCAUCAUCCCAAAGAACUACGUCAAAGUCUUGGGAUGCAAGAUCGAUCAGACGGAUCCGACGACAAAUUUCCAAUUCGUCGAUCAAUUGCCCAUCGUGCAGGAAAUCACGCAAGUCCUCAGGGAAUGGAGCACGUUGUGGAAGAAUCUGUAUAUUACGAAUCGAGCGCACUUCGAGACGAUAAAGUCUUCCAUCUACGAAUUGAUAAACUACCGUAGUCAAAUAACGAGCGGUACAUUACCGGUGGACGAGCUGAAGAAGGUGACCAGAGAGGUUUGCGAAAAGAUCGCGACUGUGAACAGAACGUUACAAUUAGAUUUAGUUGUUAGGGACAAAGAUGGCAAUAUUAUUAAUCCGGACGAGACGAGUACGAUACAACUGUAUCGGUACCACAAGAACGCCGCGGAUUCAAUUAGCGAACCUAAGACUGAGCCCAAAGAGCACACGGUUUCGGUGAUACAGCAAUACUCGCACAUAUUCAUAGUGUCAGUGAAAAACUUCACCUGCAAAGUGUCCGAGGAUUCCGAGCUUCUCAUGUUCUUGUACGAUAUGAAGGAGAACAAAGCGAUCACGGAAAACUAUAUUGUACAUUGGUCCAAGGAAGGACUCAUGAAGGAAAUUGACAGGAUGAAUAAUCUGCGCGUAAUGUUCACUGAUUUGGGUAAAAAAGAUUUGGAACGUGAGAAGAUUUAUUUAGUGUGCUAUGCUGUGCGGGUUGGUGUGCUAGAGAACAAAGAUACUGUAGAUCACUCCAGGAGAAGUUCAACUGCUAGUCUAUUAAAAAAGGAAAAACUGGAGGGAAUGCGACGACCGUUAGGUGUUGCCGCGAAAGAUGUGACUAUUUUCUUAAACGGCAAAUUCGACGCCGAUCUUGAGCAGGAAUUUUCAGUGCCAUUUUACAAUUGCGAUAAAGAUAAUCUCGAACAAACUUUGAGGAAAAUUACGAAUAAGGAGGAUGGUAAAAGCGAUAAUAAGAAUCAAUCGUUGUUUAUAAGCAUGAAACUAUUACACGGAGAUCUGAAACAGGUCAGAGAGGAAAAUCCGCAUUUGGUUCUAGGCAAUGUGGCGAUAGCCAGGAAAAUGGGAUUUCCUGAAGUCAUCCUGCCAGGGGACGUGCGUAACGAUUUGUAUUUGACUCUGCUUUGCGGUGAGUUCCCGAAAGGAAAUAAAACGAGCGAUAAGAACGUCGAAGUCAUCGUCAAAGUGUGCAACAAAAAAGGCGAAACUAUACCAAACGUGAUCUUCAAAGGUGGAGGAGUACCGUCGUCCAGCGAAUACCAUUCAGUUAUUUACUAUCACGAGGAUAAACCGCAAUGGCACGAAACUCUGAAGGUGGCAAUUCCAAUAGAGGAAUUCAAGCAGUCUCACAUCAAGUUCUUCUUCAAACAUCGGUCUUCCAACGAGGUGAAGGACAAGAGCGAGAAAUACUUUGCCAUGUCUUUCGUGAAGCUUCUGCAGAUGGAUGGAACGACGCUUAAGGAUUCAAACCAUAAUCUAUUGGUGUAUAAGAUGGAUCAUAAGAAAUUCGAUGAUAACAGCAUCGAUUAUUUGGAUCUGGCUUCAACGCAAGAAGAAACUGCGAUGUGUCCGAAACAAGUCAACGGAUUAAUGUUGAGCACGAAAGAUAGCUUUACUAUUUCGAGUAAUAUUUGCUCAACUAAACUGACGCAAAAUGUUAACCUUUUGGGAUUGUUGAAUUGGGCGGCGCAGAAGGAAUCGUUGAACGAUUCUUUGGAUAAACUGAAAGCCGUCGAUGGUGAUGAGAUCGUGAAAUUUCUUCAGGACAUUCUCGACACGCUUUUCGGAGUGUUGAUGGAGAACGCGCAGACUACGACGUACGACGAAAAGGUGUUCAACUGCCUUCUGCACGUUAUCAACAUCAUAAACACUGAUUGGAAAUACCAACAUUUCGUUCCUGUUUUGGACCUGUAUAUUAAAGAGAGCUUUUCGGCGACUUUGGCUUACAAAAAGUUGAUCAAAGUGCUUCACGAUUUAAUCAUUGAUCCUCAGGAAGAUACACAGCUGGUCUUCCGCACGAUGAAGAGCAUGCAGUAUAUAAUGAGGUUUGUGGCCAGAUCGAGGUUGCUGUACUUGGAGUUGAACAAAGACGGGAGCUUCGAUGAGGUCCAGGAUCAGCAGGAGUUUAACGACAGUAUGCAGGCAUUGCUCAACAGCAUCGUCAAGCUGUGCAAAUCUUCCGAGCAACUGUUGAGAGAGCAAGGCGCCUGCUUGAAAUAUCUUCCGAACACGAUACCGGACAUCCUGCUGAUCUUCGAUAAAAUCGAACUUAGUCGAACGUUAGGUAUACUCCUGGAAGAGAUGCCGAUGAACCGAUUGACCAAACAGAAGAUAAUGACGAUGAACGAGAUAGUUCACAGUAAACUAUUUUGCUACAAGGAAUGUCGGAAGAUACUCCUGCCGAUCUUCACCAAGCAAAUAAAAACGCUCUUCGAGCAGAACGAGGAGGGUGUUGUGAGUGGGAUGCCGACGAACCGUCGCAUAAACAAACAUAAUGUGGCCAAGGUGGCUCGAGUGCUUGGAGAAACGAAACAGUGCAUUAAUCAACACACGGGAUAUUCCGAAGAGGUGAACUACAAUUUCAUUAGCGAGAUGGAGCUUUGCAUUAAAAUAAUGGACGAUAUUUUGGAUCUGCUGUUCCGCGACAGACGGCAGUCGUACGACGAGAACAACAUGCUGGGAUACCAAACGGAUGAGAGCAUCGGUGAGAUCAUACGUACGAAUCUACGUACGAUCAGUCAAAGCUACAUAAAAAUGGACAAGGAGAAUCCAUUUGCUAAAAACCUAGUCGCUAUCAUGAUCGAUAUAUUCCGGCAGAUGCAGGAUAAUCAUUACUCAAAUUACAUAAACGCAUUUGGAACCAGUACGGACAUCCUCGACUUCCUCAUGGAGAUCCUUAUGAUCUUCAAGGAGCUAGUCAAUCUGUCGAUCUUCCCGCAGGACUGGUGCGAGAUGAUUAUGCUGCAGAAUUCUGUGAUACUGAAAGCGUUGCGCUAUUUCUCGUACACGAUUCGAGAUAAGUUCUUUGAAAAGUUCGAGCAGCAAGCGUGGAGCAACUUCUUCCAUUGCGCCAUUGCCUUCAUGACGCAACCUUCGUUGCAAUUAGAAUCUUUCACCUGCGAUAAGAGGAGUCGUAUUAUUAAAAGGUACAAGGAUAUGAGACGCGAGAUGGGCUUCGAGAUCAGAUCCAUGUGGUUCAAUUUGGGUCAGUACAAAAGGAAAUUUGUGCCCGGUUUAGUUGAGAACAUCCUCGAAAUGACGCUUCUACCAGAAGUGGAAUUGCGAAAAGCGAGCAUACCCAUAUUCUUCGAUAUGAUGCAAUGCGAGUAUUACUCAUCAUCAGUGGAAUUUGAGAGCUUCGGGGAUACCAUCAGAAAUUCUAAGAACGUUAAAGGAAACUUUGAUGAAUUCGAAAACGAGAUUAUAGCCAAGCUGGAUGCGCUCUUCGAAGGUGGUCGUGGCGAUGAGAACUACAAGUUACUCUUCCAAGAGAUUAUGUACGACCACUGCUCUCAGCAUGCAUCGCUCAAUGAAAGAGGUGUAAUUUUCGUAACUGUAGUCACCAGUUUGAUGGAGAGACUGCUCCAGUAUCGUAACAUCAUCGACGAUGAAAACAAGGAGAACCGGAUGAUCUGCAUCGUGAAUUUGCUGGAUUUCUAUUCCGAGAUCAACAGGAAAGAAAUGUAUAUCCGUUACGUGCACAAGUUGUACGAUCUGCAUUUGCAAUGCGACAAUUUCACUGAAGCUGCGUACACCUUGGAGCUGCACUCGAAUUUAUUGAACUGGUCCAAUGAGAUUUUGCCGCCUUUGCUUAAGAGCAGCAAACAUCGAGAUGCCCAAACGCACAGGCAAUUGAAGGAAUUGCUUUACUAUAAAAUCAUCGACAAUUAUAACAAGGGAAAGAUGUGGGAAUGUGCUUUGGAGAAGUGUAAAGAGUUGGGUAAUCAAUACGAAGAGGAGACCUUUGAUUACGAUCGGUUGCACGAAUUGCACAAUCGCAUGGCUCUUUACUACGAUAACAUAAUGAAGCAAGUUCGACCGAAGCCGGAAUACUUUCGCGUUGCCUAUUACGGUUACGGAUUCCCGAAAUUCCUGCAGAACAAGGUGUUCGUCUACAGAGGGAAAUCGUACGAGAGGUUAGGCGAUUUCAGCUCGAGGAUAAUGAACGAAUUUCCGAAGGCGGAGCUGCUCACUAAGCUCACGCCGCCUUCAGAUGAUAUUAAAAAUUCCAAAGAUCAAUAUCUUCAGAUUAACAGCGUGAAGCCCAUGAUGGAGUUGAACGAUAGAUUCCAAGGAAAGGUCGUCUCGGAUCAAAUCAUUCAGUUCUAUCAAGUGAAUCACGUCGAUAAAUUCCAAUACUCCAGGAGGUUCAAAAGGAAAGAUCCUCUAAUCGAAAAUGACAACGAGUUUGCGACCAUGUGGUUGGAGAGGACGGUUCUGGUGACCGAACACUCGUUACCUCACAUUCUCAGUUGGUUUCCCGUGAAGAGCCUCGAGACGUACGAAAUCUCACCGUUGACGAAUGCCAUCGAGACGAUGGAGAAAGCCAACCAGGAUCUGAGGGCUCUCUUCGUGCAGUACAAUUGCGAGAAACAGGCGCAGGUGAAUCCUUUGAGUUUGAAGCUAAAAGGAAUCCUGGAUCCGGCCGUGAUGGGCGGCAUUAAGAAUUACGAGAACACCUUCUUCACAGAGGAGUAUGAGAAUGUGCAUCCGGAGGAUUCCGAGCAGUUGGAGAAACUCAAGGAUUUGAUUGCUGAUCAGGUGCCAAUAUUGGAGUUGUGCGUCGAAGUGCACAAAUUCCAUGCACCGAAGAUGUUGCAUCCGUUGCAAGGACUUCUUGAAACGCGCAUGGCCGUUAUGAGAGAAGAAAUCCGACAGAAGUACGGUGCAAGGACAUGCAACGAUUUAAAGUUGGAAAUCAGUCCGGAAUCCUUCCGAAGACAUCCGAGCGACAUCGACGACAUUAGGUCUUCCGAGAUACCAAUCGAUAGUAAUAACGUGACUAGAAGUCGCGUGUCAAGCUUAACGAGAUCGCAAGUAACUUCGUUUAAAAAUCUGACGUUAAAUUUAACGUCUCCGUCUCAGUAUAACGCCAGCAAAUUAUCAUCACCCGGCACGAAGAGCCUUUUGCUCUCGCCGUCGCGAAGCCUCUCUCAUUCUCCGACCAUUAAGAAAAGCAAAUCGCAGAAGGAUAAACGGAGGUCCAGUAAAACGGACUCCAUCACGAGUACUGGUAAUGCCCAAUGGUACAUGGCUUCACCUGAAGCCGAUAACACCGUCACCAACAACAUCUCGAACGGCGGUACUCCGGUCAUCGAACUUCGGCAAGAGUUGACCUCCAAGCGACCGUUACGUUCGGAAGUGGAGAAAGAGAAAAGACUGAGCAGACCGUCGAGCGGCCAAUACUCUUCCAGACCAUCCAGCUUAUCGCUGACCAUGAGAGCUGCGAGCAGCUCGGGGACGAGCAGCAACCGAGAUUCCAUAGGAACGACAGAUUCUAGCGUCAGCGAAGAGGAUCUACCACCUCCGCUUCCUAUGAAACUCCGCGAAUCCGAAUCCAAUUUCAACAACAUCAACGUACUAUCAUCGAACGUCACGCAAACGAUCAACGAGCUCAACAGCGUGAUGUACGCGAAGAAUCUGCUGCACAUCGCCGAAAAGGAGAACGGUGCUAAACCGCCGACGCCUCCGCCGAAACCGCCGAAGAAAAAGAAGGCAUGAUCAUCAUCUCUUACCAAAAUUUACAAUUAUGCUUACUCUGUCCGUAAGCAUCGUAUGUACCUUAUUAACCUGUUUGAUGUCGCAGAGUGCUAAAUUUCGGAUUUUAGGUGAUAUUUUUUUUAUUAAGUUACCGCAAGUGCCAUGUCAUUGUAAUUACUAUAUUAGAUAUAGAGAGUAUUAUAUGUAAUAUUGAUGUUCUUAUUUUGAUACAUGGUAAACAUUUUAUCGAGUGCAAUUGUAACGUUUUUAACACACACACACACAUUUAUAUUAAGCACACGAAAGA